UUGAUCAGACCUCGAUUUUGAAACGAUUGUAAACAUGGCAUUGCUGCUGUCAGUUCUGGCCAUAUGCAUCCUUCUAUUGGAAGCGUCCUUUCCGGUAUCCAGCCACUCAGUGACUGGUGAUGAAACUUCUGAUACAGAAAUGCGUGAAAUUCGACUUCUCUUAAACAAGUAUGGAGCGCAAAUAGAAACUCUACAGAGGGAGAAUGCACGACUUGAAGAGAAAACCAUGACACUUGAAAAGAAAAUCAUGACACUUGAAGAGAAAGUCACCUCACCUGAAGAUAAAUCACCGACAUUUGAAGAUAAAACACCGACAUUUGAAGAACAACGUAAGCCUAAAACAGACCGAGUGAAAAACACCAAACUAGGGCCAGACAAACUCGGUAUACCAGACGGUUCGGCAAUAUCCGACGGAAAGUCCCAAUCAACAAAAAGAAACUCUGAUGAAGCCGUUAAGAUAGUAAACCCUCGUGUUGAUUCCACAAACGACAGCAUUAUUGCAUUCCAUGCCAUUCUCGCACAUACUGUAAGUGAUCCUGCUGGAGAACAUAUCGUUACGUUUGACCACAUCAUCACCAAUAUCGGAGCCCAUUACAGCUCUAACAGCGGUGUUUUUACCUGUGUUGAGGUCGGCGUAUACCAGUUUUCAUGGAUGGUCAAGGUUAAUAAUAAGCAAUGGAUAACUACAGAGUUGGUACGUAACGGUGUGGUGUUUGGGUCAGCCAUGAGCGGAGACGACGUCUUUUGGACAACGGGCGCAGCAUCAGCUAUCACGAUGCUGUCUCCCGGUGAUCAGGUCUGGGUACGGGUGGCACAGGAUCAUAGCGGUGGGUCAGACAUCUUACCAACGUUUACAAUAUUUAAUGGAUUUAUGAUUCACUGA